GUGUUCUCUUUGCGAAAGUUGCUCUUUUUAUUUAGCGCUGUUCUUGUGAUUCAUUUAUAAAUUAAUCAUUAAACUUAACUUAUCGUGUUGUUAAGCGGUUUUAAGUCACAUAAAGUGCUAUUGACUCAUUGUUCUUAGAAUACUCAAGUCACGAUUUAGUACUUGUGAUACUAUAAAUAGAUAUGAUUAUAAUGAUGGAUACAAAAAUUACCAAAUAUGAUGUUACUUUCGAGUAUAUUAUCAAGAAUAAAAAGAUUUAUUGUGAGAAAAUCUGAGCAAUUUUUUUUUUGUAAUUUCCGAACGAAACUGGAUCUCACGGUUGCCAUGACAAUGACAGCCAUUUAAAUCAAACGUCAAUCCAUUCAAUUUCAACUGUUAUUGAACGCUAAUCGUAAAUAAAUUGUAACAAAACAAUUUUAAAUACCAAAAAAUGGCCGAUAAAACGAAAAUAUCGGCUGUAACAUCGAAAACAACGGUCAAAGCUAAGCGUCCGACGACUGUGAGCGUGCCAACGACAUCGCGAACAAAAAUCGUUACUAAAGACAAUAAAAAUGUUCCUCGGACGAAGAAAAAUAAUGCGAACAUGACAUCAGUUGAUCCUGAUGCAACAAUUUUAAAGUUGGAACAACAAGGGUUCCCGGAUUUUGAUGCUGAACACCGCCAAAUUGCCUAUGGAAAAUUUUUGCGCGCUAUGCUAGAGGAAUGCCUAGUCGAUGAAAAAAUAGACCGCGAAGAGACUGUGAUCGAUCUGCAAAUGUCACAACUAGCUGAUAGAUUCCAGAAAACUAUGGAUCAGUUGGAUAAAACAAGUAGGCGAUUGAAAAAUAUAUCGUUUGUUGCUGAACAAAAGAGGCUGCUCGACCUAAAAAGUCAAGUCAACACGCAAAUAUUUGAAGCAACUGACAAAUCAAAUGCAGAAAACCUACUCGAAGAUCUUCACUCAACGGAACAAAGAUUUUUAGACAAAAUAGAACUCAAAAAUGUAGAUUUUGGAUACAAUGCAGUGUCUGGACAUAAACAACUGUUGGAUGCGGUUAACGAUGCCAUCGAAGGUCUAGAACAGAUUAAAAAAGAUUCAAAUCUAGACCUAGAUAAAUUCAAAGAGUAUGAAAAGUCUCAGAUGACCAUCGAAGAAAUAGAAAAAGAUCGUUUUGACCUUGAAACCCUGAAGUCUGAUUUUGAAACGAAAUUCCCACGUUUAAGUGAACAGUUAUUCAAGGAAGCAUCGGAACGUAUUGCGAAGAUAAUUGAUAAUGAUAAUGAUGAUGGUGAUGUUGACGAUUGAUAACGAUAUGUGAUGUGAUCAUCAAACCAGGGGUGUGUGUUAUUGGUGGACUUUUUGACUAGUUAUACUUGGAAGCAAAUUAACGGAGCAAUUCACUUCAUUUUAUUGAACCAACAAGGGCUUAUUUAUUGUGAUUUGUGAAUUACGUCACGCCCUUUAAUACUGCAGGGGUAUUCAGAUAUGCACAAUGACAUGUCGUUUAUAAAAUAAAGUAUUUGCGAUUUUUGAUGGCUAAAAAUAAUUGGAACAAUUAGGACCUUACUUUCUUUGUCCAGUUCUGGCAUGGAUCCAAAACUUUAUACUCAAAGGUCAUUUUUGUGAUGAUUUUUACGUAAAAGUGUUUAAGAUGAAAUUACAGAUUUUAUGUAUAAGUAGCUAACCUAGCAAACUUCGUAUCGCCGCAAUUUUUUCUUUUAAAUCUUCCCUGGACUACCACGAACAUUUCAAGACCAAAGUUAGCCCAUUCGGUUCAGCCGUUGUCGAGUUUCAGCGAGACUAACGAAGGGGCAUUCAUUUUUUAUUUAUGUCUGUCUAUAAUUCAUACAUAUUCAGAUUUGUACCAGGGAUGUUAGGGAGCUCCAUAACCUUAACUAAAACUAUCGGUCAUCUGACGAAUAACUAUCGCAUUCGUAUCGUAACAGUAUCGAGCGAGUUAAGCGUUCUG